UAAAAAAAAUUAAAACAUGUCAAAUUUCGAUUCGGUAGAGAAGCCGUGUUGUGUGUUGCGAUAUUUAUCAUGGCAUAGAAAGAAAUGCUUUCAUUGAACCAUUUGUAUCCAGUUUGAUUCUGAAUCAACAUUCGAUUAACGUCGUCAAACAACAGUGUCAUGUAAUAAUUCUGUGCCGUUGAAUAGUGAAAAGGAGUGAUAAAUGGCGAAUAUUUUAGUGCAACUGUGCAUUCUGUGAUUGUGGAUAUGGACCGUCGGUGUUCUCAGUCCGUACGGACGCUGGUUUUCGACGAUUCAGAUUGUGAUCCUCCGAAAGCCGGCCAGAAGGACUUGUCUUCGGUCGGGGCGCCUUCUUCCCUCAACCAGAGCGCAGAAGAUGCAGGGAAAUCAAAUCGUAGCAGUAACCUGGUGCGCAUGCGCCGGUCUGCGCUUGGGAAGUCGGCGCCCACCUUAUCCGUCCACGUGAAAGAGCCAUGCACCGUAUCCAGGCGGCCGUCGAGGCUGCCCCCACCACCACCGCAUCACAGGCUUUCUCUCGUGGUGGGGUCCAACAGAUGCAGCUCCCCGGGCACGGGCCCGCUGUCCCCGGCGGAGGGCCCCCGCUGGCCGCACGGCCACCACGCCCACCCAUUGCACCACGCCCUGCUGUCGUCUAGCGUGAAGAGGGGGAAAGAGCUCGAUGGGCGUAGGUGGUCAGUGGCGUCCCUGCCGUCCUCGGGCUACGGUACCACGCCUGGGAGCUCUAGUCUCUCUUCUCAAUGCUCGUCGCAAGAACGCCUGCUUGCCGUGCAGGCCGCGUGCGAGCCCCCGCCGCGGGCGCCUUGCCCGCACUGCCACCAGCACCAGAACUCGCUUAACAGCUCACAAGGCAGCGGCAUGAACAACUGGGCGUCGCUGUCGGACAGCGGGGGGAGCGGGCACGCGGGGGGCAGGGCGCCCUCGCCACAGAGCCCGGCACGCCGCGUCAGGAGCCGCAGUCUCAGUUCCCCGUCGCGGUCGCCGGGCGGCGCCGGCAGCGGCGGCGAGGCGCGCGACGACGCCGUGUCGGCCAUGUCGUCGCUGUUCGCCGCGCGGUUCCCCGCCGCACAGAGGGCCAUGGAUGACAAACUACGCGCGUUAAUAGAAGAAUUGUCCGAGUUAGACAAGAAACCAGAUCGGAAUCCGAUUGAAAGAUUCGUUCAGAGACAGGUUUUGGAGAUGGCCCGCGACUGUUUGCACAAAUCGGAGUGUAAGCAAGUAACUAGCAGUUACUUCUACGACAUGGCGGAUAGUUUGGACCGGCUGUUGGCCGAGACACGAGAGAAAUCAGCGGAGGCCGGCGGGCAGGUGGCGCCGCUGGUGACCCGGCUGACGCUGGCGAUGGCGCGGCCGGCGCGGCUGCUCGAGUGCCUGGAGUUCGAUCCCGAGAGGUUCUACAGGCUGCUGGAGGCCGCCGAGGGGCAGGCUAGGCAUAUGCAGGGCAUAACUACGGACAUACCGCAGUACAUCAUCCACAAGCUGGGGCUGUCGCGGGACCCGCUGGCGGAGCUGCAGGCGCCGCCGCCGCCGCCGCAGCCGCAGCCGCAGAACUCAUCGCCUUCCAAGGGCCGAGGGAGGUCAUCGCCCCCCAGCACGACGGGUGGGGCAGCGCCUUCCGAGAACGACUAUCAGGUCAUCAAGCUGAUCUCCAAUGGAGCUUACGGCGCCGUGUACCUCGUCAAACACAAACAGACCAGGCAGAGGUACGCGAUGAAGAAAAUUAGCAAGAACAACUUGAUACUGAGGAAUCAAGUGGAGCAAGCGUUCGCAGAGAGGGACAUCCUCAGUUUUGCUGAUAACCCAUUUGUGGUGACGAUGUACUGCUCGUUCGAGACGAAGCGCCACCUGUGCUUCGUGCUGGAGUUCGUGGAGGGCGGCGACUGCGCCACGCUGGCGCGCGGCGGGCCGCUGCCGCCCGACAUGGCGCGCCACUACUUCGCGGAGGCCGUGCUGGCCGUCGAGUACCUGCACUCCUACGGCAUCGUGCACAGGGACCUCAAGCCGGACAACCUGCUCAUCACCGCAACUGGCCACAUAAAGCUGACUGACUUCGGACUCAGCAAGAUGGGUCUCAUGUCAUUGGCAACCAAUCUGUACGAGGAGUACGCGGACAGGGAGGCCCGCCAGUUCUCCGAUAAGCAGGUGUGCGGCACUCCGGAGUACAUCGCGCCCGAGGUCAUACUCAGACAGGGUUACGGGAAGCCAGUGGAUUGGUGGUCGAUGGGCAUCAUCCUGUACGAGUUCCUGGUGGGCUGCGUGCCGUUCUUCGGAGACACCCCUGAGGAGCUGUUCGCUCACACUGUCAACGAUGACAUAGAAUGGCCUUCGGAAGAGGACUUCCCUAUCGCCGUGGAAGCGCGAGCCAUAAUCACUGAGUUGCUGGCGAGAAACCCACGCGACAGGUUGGGUACAGGUGGAACGCAUCAGGUUAAGGAGCACUUGUAUUUCUACGGGCUGGACUGGAACAACCUCCUGAGACGGAAGGCGGAGUUCAUACCCCAGUUGGAGAACGAUGAAGACACAAGCUACUUUGACAGCCGCUGCGACCGCUACAACCACAGCGAAGUGGAUACGGACGAAGCCGCGGACAGCAACGAGACUCGCGAGGACGGUGUGUUCGCAGCUUUCUCCAGCACCUCGCCGCAGUGGAGGAGGCAUUAUAACACCUCGCACGUCUCCCACGAGUCGCGGAGUACCGACAGUUGGCCGGGAACACCUGACAGCGCGGGGCCACCAACCACGCCAACAGCGCCGCAUGCGCAUCACCAUAAGUGUCCUAUGGUGGGCGGCAGCGCCUCAACAGCGGAAUCGUCCCAAACGGACUCCGACGACGUUUCGCCGGCGUGUCGUCGUCGCGCAACCUUCAGGCCCGCCAUGACGGUGUCCCACGGGUCCAUGGGCUCGAUCGGUGGUACCCUGGGUACCCUGGGACAUUCGUUGCAUCAGCCCCAGCCUACUAGCACGGCUUUGGUACCUAGAUUAGCGGAGACGCCGAAACGCGACGAGCGCAGUCUAGAUAAGCCGGACAGGCCGGAGAAGGCGCGGCCGGCCGCCCUCGUGGCGCCCAAGGCCAUGCGGCGCUCCGCCAGCACCUCCGGCCUGUCGCUGGUCAUACAUCCUGCGGAAGAUCCCCUGGGAGGCGGGGCGGGAUCCCCGGUGGCGGGUAACACGUCGUCGACGAACUCGUCGCGGGACUCGUCGCCGUGCCGCGACCCGCCCUCACCUUUCGCGUUAGCUAACCACUCACUGAUCCAGUCGUCCAAACCGCCUAUAGUGGUCCGCCGCGGACCGCGCGGUUUCGGGUUCACGAUACACACAGUGAGGGUCUACUACGGCGACACCGACUAUUAUACAAUGCACCAUCUUGUCUCUGCUGUGAGUGAACAAGGCGCUGCGUGGGCGGCGGGGCUGAGAGCGGGGGAUCUCAUCACUCAACUCAACGGGGAGUCUGUGCAGGGAAUGCUGCACACACAGGUGUUGCGUUUGCUGUUGGCGGCGCCGCACGCGACGUUGCGCGCUACGCCGCUCGAUCAGACCACAAUUCAGGCCGGCGGCCGGCGUCGCGCGGGCGGCGGGCGGCGCGCCUCGGCCCCGCCCCGGCCCCGGCCCCGCCGCCGCUGCUCGCUGUUCAGGAGGAUCUCCAGCAAGCGAGCCUCGCAGGAGAUGCAUCAGAUAGUAUCAAGCGCUGGGGCGGAUUCCCCGUCGCCGGCGCCUUCAUCCCCGGCCACUGACAGCCCCCACCACACCACCACACACUAUCAGAGGCCAUCAUCCCUGCACGGCUUGAAACACAAGUUAGUUGGUGCCGCCACGGAAGUCCGCCGCGGCUCAUUGCAGCACAUGCCGCUGUCGCCGUUGGCGCGGACUCCAUCGCCGCAACCGCAGCCCGCCUCGCCUACUAGCCGGUGCGAGGCGCGCAGCCCGUCGCCGCUGGCGGCGCGCGAGUGCGGGCGGCGCGCGUGGGCCCGCCGCGACCCCGCCUCGCCGCUGCUCAGGCGGGCGCUGUCCCCGGACAGAUUACACCCACGCUCCGCCGAAUCGAAAUGCUCCAUAUCGCCGCUGUGUUGCGGCGGCGUGGCCGUGAGCGUGGGCGGCGCGGGCGGCGGCGCGGCGGGCGGCGCGCGGCGCGGCGUAGUGUGGCGCGCGCCCGCGCCGCCCACGCCGCCGCCGCAGGACAAGGCCGACGAGCCGCCGCUGCCCAGGAUCGCGGAGGAGAAGGACUCGCCGACGCACCACGCGAGAAACCUGCCCAACAAGACUCCAGUAAAACAAUCGACGCCCAGCAUCUUCACUUCCUCCCCCAAGCCGAGCCUGGACAAGUCCGCCUUCGACACGUCGACGACUUCGUUCGCGUCUCUAUCGCUGUCGGACGACUCGUACGCGGACGGGUCGGCAGACAUGUCCAACAUUGACACUUCGAGAGAAAUCAACUUGGAUGACAGUAGAACAAGCGCAGAUCUAAGUAUGGCCAUAGACAACCCUGAGAAACAUAAACCGGAACCGGUUACUGUACCACUACAGCCUUCAGAAGCAGCGCCCAAGACGCGGAAAAAAUCUGAUUCGAGCCUCAAAGACGAAGACACGAAAGGGAAAGAUAAAGGGAGGAAGGAUAAGCCGGAGUUGAAGAAGCAGGAUUCCGUGAAGAAGAUUGAGAAGGAGAAGAAGAUCGAGAAACAAGACUCGAAGAAGGAUGUUAGGCAAGAUGAGAAACAGGAUGUUAAAGAAGAAAAGAAGUUGGAAAAGGCUAUGGAACGAACCGGAUCUGUGAAGAAAACUGACAAGCAGGAGAAAGCGGAGGCGAGGAAGCAGGAGAAGAUUGAGAAGGCAGAGAAGAAACAAGAGAAGAUCGAGGCUAGGAAGGAGUCGUUCAAGAAGAGUGAAGGCGCUUUGAAGAGGCAGGAGUCUGUUGAUGCCAAGAUGACCGAAACACCGGAGCCAUCAGUGGAUUCCCGCAGGAACAGCAUGGUGAGCAAGCUGCUGGGCGUGAUGGGACGCAAGCGCGACGACGACGACCACCGUCCCGGCAAGAAGGCGGAGAAGAACAAGAAGAAGAAUACACCUACACAACCACAGCCGCCGCAACAGCCGAAAUUUUCAGAGGUCGAGAAACAGGACAAGCCUGAGUGCGAAGACAAGAAAAGCAAGAAAGGCCGCGGGAGGGCGUCUAGCUCGUCGUCCGGCGAGAAAUAAUGCACACCGAGAAACAUGAGAAACCCGAGAAACCGUGAGAACCAACGAAAAGCUAUUUUGGUCUAUAAAAAUCUUUGUAUUAAAAUAUCUAUUGUCGAUAUCUUUAUUAUACGAGAAUUUUUUAUCAACAUAUUAAUGUAUAUUUUCGUUAAUAGCUGUGUACAGAUGUCGCGCUUGAGAUGUUAACCCACUUGAAGGCAGGUAGGUAUGUAAUUUGCUUUACAAUCUUAUUGCUUUUAAAGUUUAGUUUUGGUAGAAAACAUAGCUGUCUUAGUAAUGCCUUGAGCAUAUUGUUCUCAUUGUAUUUUUUUUCAUAACAUAUCAUAUAUCAAUCGCCUCUUUUCUUUUAAGUAGUUUGUGGUUUUUGUGCACUAUUCGUUAGUGCCUUUUAACUCGUCUCUUAAAGGCAAUGCCAAAAUUUUAGGAAUUCUAAGAAAGAACUUAACUUUUUAAUUCGACAGCGUGAUGAUUUAUGAAUGUAAUUGUAGGAACUUAAUUGUAGUAUUCAAUAUUUUGGGAGUAAUGCUUAAUUAAUUGGUGUUGUAAUGAAAACCUGAGUAUAGUGAAAUCUUGUAAAUAUUUUUGCGUUAAAUGAACAAAAAAAUAUAUGUAAAUUAAAAAAAAUAAACUUGAUGUUUGCGUGGUUUUAAUGGUUGGAUUUUUGAAGUGUUGGUGAUUUUUUAAAUUGGAAAAUUAAAAAGUAAUAUGUUGUGAGCUAAAAAAGGCUUAUUUUUUUUCUACAGCAGUAGUUUACAGCAUCUAAGGCGUAUAGAAAAGGGAUCCUUAAAAGCCUUAAUGAUUUACCUACCAUGCAAGGCUUAUAUGUUCUAAAUCUUUAAGAUUUACCAAAAAGAGAAAUAACAUAUGACAUAUGGCUUAAGCACUUAUAAGAAGAGUCCCACUGCUCAUUUUUUAUUGAUUUCCUACAAAUGUAUAUAUCUGCCGUACUCAAUCUAAAAGGUGGUUAGGUUUAAGGACUUUAUAGAUAGGUUAGCCGCUAUAUAUUUUGAAGACGGCAGAUUAUGUAUUGUUUUUCACUGUAAUUUCAAGAUUUAUUUAAUGGUUCUUUUGUAUUGCAAAUAUUAACAUAAAUAUUGGCAGGAUAAAUGAAUGUUGAUUAUUUUCAUUAAAGGAGCUGUCUAUUAACAAUAAUCUAAUAAGAAAACGCUGAAUUUAAAUUACAAAAUAUAAUCUUUAAUUGACUAUACUUUUACGGUUUCGGGUAAAAUUAAUUCAGUAUUACAAUGUUGAGGCGUGUUCAAUCUUAUUAUUGGUUGAUAUUUCAAAUAUAUUUUUAUUAUAAUCCUAAUUACUAUAUUUUAUACCGCGGCGACGGCAUAUGAAUAAUUACGAGAUUUUUUUUUGUAAAAAAAUACAGUCACAUUGGUUUUUCUUAGAUUGUUGAAUAAACACAACACAUUUAGCAUUCCUAAUUUAUAAAUGGUUACAGAAGAUUCGGAAUAAUUAUACAAAAAUCCUUUUUGUGUUGAUUUAAGACGAAAUUUUACAGCAUUUUUUUAUAAACAGGCUCACUUCAACUUAGUUUGCCCCUCUAGGCGCAUAGAUAGCGAUACUAACAAAAGUUUAAGCGAGUGAAGCCGCGGUAUUUCGGACUAAUGGGGUUUAACGUAAAAUCUAUAAGCUUAUAGAUAUAUAUCUAUCUAUAGAUGUACUAUUGUGAUAUAAUUUUAAUGAUUUUUUUUCUAGUUACGCUACGUAAGUAUUUUUAUGUUGGCAGCCUCGCUUCCUUUCUUAACUGCUUUGUUUUUCUACCUGUUUUUUUUUCUAAUUGUAUUUUUGUGUUUUGUGUAUAAAGGAUGUUUCGAUUUAUUCAUUUACUUUAAUUAUUUUAUGUAACGAAACGCAACGAAAUGUGUAUAAUUAAAUGUAAUCAAAUAUAAAUGUAUACUUAGUGAUUUCUACAUGUCAUAUUGUUCAAAUGAUUACAAAAAGAUGCAAGCUUGAACGGCACAUUCAAAUAUGUGUUUACAUUCCAAUUUUUUUUGCAUAAGUGCCAUAGAUCUGAGCCUCUUGAUUCUACCUAACAGGUAUAUAAUUUUCAUUCAUUCAUGUACCUAUAUCUUGUUAUAUAGAUUUCGACUUCGUAAGGUUUUAUCCAUAUGGAUUUUGGCAUAACUUCUUGAGGCUGCAUAACCAUGGAUCCUUGCUUGGGUAAGUCAGGUUUUUACACGAAGCGACCCCCGUCUGACCUGUGGUUAUGAUCAUAUGUAAAAGAAGGUUAAGUGGGUUCUACAUGAUCAUAUGUUAAGUGGGUUCUACAAUAGUGUCGCUUUAUGAAUUACUUCUCUGCCACCCGUUUCUUGUGUUUUAUUUUUUAUGUCACGGACUACGCGGAGUUUUGAACAAAAAUAAAAGAGGCUCGCUUUGAAGUCUUCCCAAUACUUUGUUACAUUUAAUCUGUUGAUUUGUUUGUUCUAUACAUAUUAUUAUAAUUCGUUAGCCGACGGUCCCAAGGCCGAUUAGAAAAUACGAAACGAUCUCAAUGAUAAUCUAUAAAUAUUGGGAAUUAUUGUCGGGCAUUCAUCCUGAAUAUAACGAUUUAACAUUCCAAGGUACAUUAAAAAUUAAAGUAUUUUUACACAUUUCUCGCUACUUCCUAUAAAUAAUAAUAUUUUACUGUGGUAAAAAAUUGUUAUUUAAUAUUUCGCUUAUCUGUUCUUUCGGGACCGCAAGACUUGAUAAGUGAAUUAUUCAGCGGACUUUGUAGUGAUGUAACAAUACGAAUUAUCUUUAUUAUUAUAAGGACCUGCGACUAUUUUAUGUAAGCCCUAGCGCACACUACUGUUAUUUUCAUCAUAAUUCAUGAAGUUAAUGGUUUUUUUUGCAUACCUAGUCAUGAAAAGAUAUUAAGUACAUAAUUAAACUCUGAAAUAUAUUUAAUAAAACAUUCAAGAAACAAUAUAUCGUUAAAGGUUUUAAUCUUGCUUUUAGUUAUUCUAUAAGUAUUUCAAUAUAUCACGUUGAUUGAGAAAUGCUUUUCAGCUUAUAUUAAUGGUACAAUCAAGUUAACUAUUUGUUUGUACCUACCAGUAAUAUAUAUUUGUACUUAAUGUCCCUGGAUCUUACAAAGCUGUCCAACUUGAUUGAGACAUGCAAAUGGUUUUUUUUUGAUAAAAUUUGUGAUUAGAAAUUUGUCGCGUAAGUAGUGGGCGGUUGGGCACCGUAUGUGUUUUGUGUUAUUGAAAUACAUUCAUGUUUUAAUGUCUUUAGGAAAGUUUAUUUUUAGUACGGACAGGAUGAAAUUGUACAAUAAACCAAUGUUUAUAUUAGUUUAGGCUUGUCUAAUAAAUAAUUUUAAGAAAAUUCCGGUUUGUAUUAAAUUAGCAAUACUCAUUGGUUAGUUUGUAAAUUUUGGUUUGUUCUUGUGCAUGGUGAUACAGGGUAACUGAAAUAUACCCUAAAUAUUAUUUAAAAAUCACUUUAUCUUUAGAAUUUGUCAAUGUUUUUCAGUGACCACAUAUAACAAUGAAUUUUGGUAGGCUCGAGUAAAUAAGAUGUUGUUUUGGGAACCAUUUAAAGUUAAUAUUAAUUUGAUUUUGAUGUAUAACUUUUUAUUACACUGGCUCAAUUACUCAAAAUUUUUAACGAAGUUGGGCGUUGUGUAAUUUUAUUUUUUGAGAUUAUAUCCCCUAAUUUUUGACCCAAAUUUGUUGAAAACUUACGAUAUGAGUCGAAAGGUAAAUUAUCGUAUUUGCUUCAAUUUUCUUUUAUUCUUGGAUGCCAACCGAGUUUUGUGUAAUUUAAGCCUGUUGUAAUGUAAUACAUACCGCUUUAAUAGUAAUGGCUUUUUCAUAUGAAGUAUUUUUCCAGAACUGUGGUGUAAACUAACGUAGUAUUGUCUCAACCAACUCACUGUGUAGCCUGCCGUAACUGCUGCAUAUUUGUAAUUUUUAAUUAACCUAGCGUAAAAAUAAUAAAUGUGAUUUAUAAAAUAAUAAAGUGUCUAUAGUGAGCAAGGGAAUUAUUUUCUCUAUCUAGAAAUAUGUGUAUGAAUUGAUAUGGAUAUGAAAUAAAGUCAUGAUUAACAA